AUGGAUUCUUCUGUGUCCGAAGAAUCUGAAAAUUUUGAUUCAUUUAGUGAAAAUGAAUAUAGCAAAACUAAAUGUAAUACUCCAACGAACAUUUCGACUACUAGUAAUAAUAUCGUAUAUAAGUUAUUUAAUAGGGAGAUAUUUGGUAGUACGUCCAGAAAAUCAAAUGAAAAAUCACGCAAAAUCUUUGAUAAGAUUCCACCCAGACUACGCUUUUGCCUAAUGGACAUAGUGCCUAUCCAGUACUUAACAGAACAUGUUUUCAUGGGAUUUUCACAGUGUGGACAGUUUUUACUAAGUUUUACUUAUAGCUGUAAUACUCAAGUAUACUUUAGGGAAAGCUCUAAAUUUACGUUACAUUUUCUAUCAUGGGUGCCGGGACGCGUGGUGCGGCCAGUGCACAGCGUGCCUCUCUUUGGUGACGAUUGCGUCGACAGCAAGGUCACCAUAUCGAUGGCUCAAUGGAAACACAAUCCUGGCGUCCUAGUCGUUUAUGGUAUUGCUGACUCGUGCUCAGAGAGAUCCUACCUCAGUGUUAUCGGAGUACCUCGUUUAGGAUGUAGAAAAUGUUCUGCAAUUUCAAGAGAUGAAGAAGACGAUUUAAACUGGAGCAAACGAUGUUUAGAACAUAGUUUCGCGAUACACACAAAAUUUUUUUGCACGUCUGACUCUAGUAUGUACGAGCCCGUCGUGCAGCUCGCGUACUCCAACCAAAUCAUAAUUUACACGGACUUUAUACACAUACUAGAAAUAGAUUUUGUAAAACCAGAUCCAGACAAAAGUGAAGCUGCAGAAGAAUCUAAGUUCUCCCUAGAGAGGGACGAAGUGAACUCAAUAGAUACCAACCCCAGUACGCCUGCAUCAGACGUGUCUGCCGCUUUUCAAUCGCCAAAAUACCAGAACAAUGUUGUUCAAAACAUUCUAGCAGAUUUCUCUGAUUUAGAAGUCGAUCCCUAUCAAAUGUCCAAACCGGUCCACUUGCCAGAUGUUAUGGGGCAGGAGUUGUGUAUCCAAGCGUCUUCAAUAUCCCAUAAUCUAAUGGAAGAAUGGGAAGGACCCUCACCGUCAAUAAGAACGUUAAUAAGCCCUCCAUUAAGAUCUCCCAGACGAAGGCCAGCAGAAAGCAUGUCCAGGUUCAAUGAAACGCACAGAACUAUAGCUGAGAAAGCAUACGAGUUCGUCGAGGAGGCCGAAACGAAAUGCGAGAAACUCAGCAUGUUCAGAAAACGGCGUUUAGCUGAUAAGAAAUAUGAAUUUUCGGAGGAUAAUAACGAAAAUAUCGUUCCUUUUAGAGUUUUAAGAAGUAAUAGGAAAUAUUUUACAGGGUCCACUAGUAAGAGUCAGACGAAGAGGGCGAAGUCGCCUCCAGUAGAGAGCGUAGUGCUUAGAGCCCACAAUCAAAUAAGCAGGCCGCCGUCGCCUGAGACCAGCUUAGAUCUCAAAAACAACGGGCUCUCCUCACUGGAAUCUGAUAGAAAUAGCGAAUCCGAGUAUAGAGUAAUGGAAAUGUUAGACGAUGGCUCUCUUAAGACCGUCUCAGUACACGACAACACGUCGAAGACGUUGUCAGACUGUCCGGUCAGCCCGCAAGACCCGUAUCUGGUGCAUUCGGGGAACUCCAAGUGUAGUAAAUUCUUUACGCGAUAUUUUUUAGAAAGCGAUGACGAAAUCACGUCUAUCAUUACGGAUUCUGAAGACGACUGCAUGUCGGGGUACCACGUGGCGCUGCCGCUGUGCGGCGCGGGCGCGGGGCAGGCGCUGCAGGGCGUGGGCGCGGGCGGGCGCGGCGGCGUGCGCGCGCUGUCGCUGCGCGCGCGCCAGCGCUCGCUCGACACCGAGCUGCUGUGCAACGAGGUGUGCGGCCGCCUGUGCCACCUCACCGGCAAGCACUUCAUAUACUGCUUCGACUGGGGCUGCCACGUCAUCGACGUCUGCCACUCCAGCGGCUGCCUCUCCGGGCUGUGCGCGAUGUGGCUGUGGGCCAGCGAGGGCGCGGAGCAGGUGGAGUGCGGCGCGUGCAAGGACGUGUCGGCCGGCUGCCUGCAGCACCGCCGCCAGUACGCCGCGCAGUGUUUAUUUGUAUGGGAUUUGGUGAGUGGAGAGUACAGGACUGAGCGGGCGGCCAUGACAGAGGAUUCCAGUCAAGAAGGCACAAGAAUGUCGGGGGCGGAGCGCGCGCGCGAGCUGGCGCGGCGGCUGGGCGCGCCGGCGGCGCCGCCCGGCAGCGACCACCGCCUGCUCACCACCUUGACGGGUAAGUCACUAAAAAGACUGACGGACAUGGACAACUGCGUGGAGAUCACCAAGAACCACUCGGACAGCUCCGAGUCCGAGUCCGAGUCCGACGCUGACGAGGACAGCGACUACGAC